GCGCGGCACGAUCUCCAAAGCGUUUGCAUCGGGUAAAGGAAGCGCCGUCUUUCCUUUCCGCGGACGGUCGUAAAAAUUGUGCGACUACUCUGAAUACCGCGCGGGGCCGAUCGGGAAACGCCUAAUUCCAGGCAAUUUCACGGUCCAUGGGCGUCCCCCUUCGCGUUCACGUCGGACGCACCUCGUGUGUGCAUUGUACGUUCAUGCUCGCUCCGGUUGCUUCUCCCCCCCCAUCCGUCGAGCUGCGUAGCUACUCAUAGGAGGCCUUACGUAACGAUCCGGUGCCGUUGUCGCAAUGUACCGGCACUGGAACCAGAUACGCGAGCGUGCACGAGGUCCUACACGAGGCGGAAUCUCACCUAGCCGGCGCAUGUCACUUGGCCGAUCACGCUAUCAUCGUCCUCGAGCAUCGUAUCGAUAACGCGUCACGGGUCGUCGUCAGUCACGACUGCGACCGGAGCUUUCCGCGGCAGCGGAAUAGCGAAUCGCUCGUUUAGCGUAGUGGAGACUGAGCCUAUGCGUUCCUCGUGGUACGUGAUGAUCGAUUAUCGUAUUGUUCAUGCAUAGUCUCAAUGGCGUUCUUCAAGUCGGUCAUUCAGUCAGUAGGUCACGUUCGUUUUUAGUGCGCUAAAGCGCCCGAAGCCGCUCUCAAAAUCUUCAUUCCUGCUCGUAGCUUCAUAAUUUCGGAUUGUCAUUGUCGCAAAAGAGCUUCGCGAUAUUCGUGUUUUCAUCACUACUGUUUUUUAAACGUUCGCUGCAAUAAGCGCGAACUUUGUAUCAUUGUUAAAUUGAAAUUUCUAAAUGAUACUGUGUAUUGUUUUACGACAUGAGGAUAUUUUUAAGCUCAUCCAAAGUGCUUGCGAUCUUUGCUUAUUAAAUUCCGUGUUAAAUAAAAUUAAUUUAAUAAUUUGGUCGAUUUGGAUUUUCAAAGAAAAGAUUUGUAAAGCUUUCCUUUAGAUGAAAAUUGAUCAGAACCCCGAGCGUGAACGUGUUUUGAUCACAGCUUGAUCAAUACUUGAGUCGUGUUUCAUAAUACCGUGAUUUUAUCAUGUCUAAUUUUGUUACAUGGACAUGAUAACCCCAACUUAAAAGUUCUUUGGACUUGGGAUAUAUUUUCUAAGUCUUGGAAACUCAGAAUGAUACAUAUAUAUAUAAUACAUAUAAUACAUAUAUAUAAUACAGAAUGAUACAUAUAUAUAUAAUAUAAUAUAUAAAUCAAUGCAGAAGAAAUUAUAUAUGUUUCUGUACAAGAUCUAAUAAAUCUUGCAAUACAACUUUACAACGCAUCGUUUGCUUGUUGAAACUUCCUGUUAAAAAUCUGUAUAAUUAUGAAUAUUUGUAUUAAUGAUAUGUAAAUAAGAUACUAUUAGUUCUUUCUAAGAUUCAUCAUUAAUUUUAUUAAUUUAUUAUAAUAUCAGACAAAUCGAGAGAGAAAGAAAAAAUCUGUGAAGACUAUUCCCUCAACUUACAAUUAGUUAAAAGUGAUUUGAAAAUGGUACAAUCCAUUAAAGUGCCAUUUUGCUUCAACUUAUGUGUAUACUAAUAUAAUUUUUCUUAACUUUAUAAAAAAAAAACAUUUAGAUGGGAAUAUUUGAAAAGAAGAACAUUCCAGUAAUCUGUGUUGAUUUUUAACAAUAUUAUAGGCAUAAAUAAUAAAUCGUGCAUAGCAUUAUACAGCAGGUGAACUGAUAAAUAAUACAUACACUAUUUGUAUUAUCAUUAUUGCUUUAAACUGCAUAUAUAAAAAUACAUUCAUCUUUUUUUUACACUGUCAUACAUGCAGAUAAGUUUUCGAUACACUUAUCAAUUUUUAUCAUUUCAAUUAUUUGUUUUGUUCUAUCGACAGAAUAGAAUGAUCAAUAGAUGAUUAGUCAUUACGAUUUGUCCCAGAAUCGCUUCGACGGUGGAGGUUUCCUAAAAAGACAUCACAUUCUUCGCACAUCAUUCACUUUUAGAGCCUUCUCUAUAAUUUUCGAGAUUUGCGUUUUUUAAUUUUGCUUGCUUGCAAAUUGACGUAAAUAUUCGACGCGUGAACCUUCCAGAUCCCUCACGCGAGCACCAUGUAUAGACAUCCGUCAUCUUUCUUUCGUCUUUCGCGUCCGUUCAAGUUUCCUGUCUGCGUUUUCGGCAUCGGGAGGUCGGCGACGGCGUCGUAACAGUAUAGAAAUACCAUGACGCGUCAUCACGCGAUCCUAAAUGCGUGCGUGCGUGCGUGCGUGCGUGCGUGCGUAUGUACAUACUUCUUCAAACCAAAUCGACGCGUGUCGCCGGCCGCUGCCAUCUAAUACCCCGCACCGGUCUAUCGUUAUCGUAAUGCCUCUAUCUCUGCCGCAAGUCGCCUCCUCCUCGCUCCUCGCACUAUCUCUGCCCUGUCCUUUUGUAGUACCCUUCUCUCCUCGUUCCUUUAGUAACUCUUUUGAUACAUCAGUGUGUUCCCUCUUGGCGCUUGAAGCUUCCGACCUUUCGCUCUCGUUCCCGGCCAAACAUCGGUAGCCUUAGUUUACGUCCGACGGCGCGAUCGGUCGGUCGGUCGGUCAGUUCUCGAGAGCGAGAGGGCUCUCUGCAGUUUCUUCUUUUUUUUUUUAUUCUUUUUCUUCCUUCUAUUUUCUUCUUCUCAUCGUCGCUGCCGCCUCUUUUGGAGUCGGCACGAUCCCAAAGGAGUUUUGAGAACCAUCAGGCAUACAUGACGCACGCACCCGCUGCGUGCUUGAGGAUCGUCUGAACCGUUUACAGGCAAUUCUUGAGGGGGUAGAGCCAAUAAGCGGCGCAGAUCAUCAUCGAUAACGAUGACGAUCGACGAGGAGGCCGGUCCCGGCGACGCCGGCAGCUUUGUUUCGGGAGAGAAUGUCGCCCCGUCGAUUCGGACGAUCGAUCGCACAUCCACGCACGAUCCAAUCAUCCCAACGAGCUGCAUCCAGCGUCGUCAGGCUGAUCCUGACAGUUCUGAUUCGGGCGAAGGCAAGCCCUUGUUGACCGAGAGCGUGGCAGUGACGAUCGAUGCGUCGAUCGGCAAAUUGGGAAAGCAGAAAACUGAGAACGCAGCAGCAGUGCAGAUGGAUGGGACUUCGACGUACCGGAAAAGCUCCGUUGAUGAGGAUCCCGUGAGUGAACCAACGAAUACGGCCGUCGUACCACCCGAUGGUGGCCUGAGGGCCUGGAUGAUCAUGAUCGGCAGUUUCACGAUUAACGGUGUGCUCUUUAGCAUCAUCAACACUUAUUCCAUCAUCUAUCCGGAAUUGCAGAGACGGCUCGCAGAAGUCGGUGAAACUGAGGUCUCCUCCAAAUCAGCUCUGGUGGGUUCGCUGACUAUUGGAACAACAUUCUUCCUGUCACCAGUCGCCGGCAUAUUGACGGACAAGUUCGGUAUCCAGAUGACCACCUUCGCAGGCGGUGUGAUCGCAUCUUCUGGCCUACUCCUUUCCUCAUUACUGAUAGAUAAGGUAGAGCUGCUCUACUUGACAUACGGCAUUAUGUACGGGCUUGGCGCGAGCCUCGCUUACACGCCGAGUUUGGUGAUAUUGGGCCAUUACUUCAAGAAAUAUCUGGGACUGGUGAACGGCGUUGUUACGGCAGGAAGUUCCGUAUUCACCGUACUGAUCCCGUAUUUGAUGGAAUUCCUGCUGCGACGUCUGGGUUUGGAAGGUUUACUGCGAUGCAUGGCCGUGCUCACGGCCGUCGUUAUGGCUUGCGCGAUCCUUUUUAAACCGAUACCACUGAACGUACCGCAGCGAAUCGAGCCACGAUUAAAGUCGAAAUCGUUGCGGAGUCGUCUGAAGGAAUUCGUGAACGUAUCUAUCUGGAAAAGGAAACGAUACGUCGUCUGGGCUUGCUCCAUUCCUCUCGCUCUCUUUGGAUACUUCGUCCCAUACGUCCACAUAGGAAAAUUCGUAAGCACAACGUUCAAAGAUGCCGACGGGAAGCUGCCCAUUAUGUGCAUCGGCAUCACUUCCGGUGUCGGCCGUUUAAUUUUCGGCUACAUCGCCGACUUGCCGAAGGUGAACCGAAUACUGUUGCAACAGAUAUCAUUUUUGAGUAUCGGUGUCCUCACGAUGCUUCUUCCAAUCACCAAGUCCUUCCUCGUGCUGCUGGCUAUCUCGUUAGGUAUGGGGCUGUUCGAUGGAUGCUUCAUAUCAUUGCUUGGACCGAUCGCGUUCGAUAUCUGUGGUCGUAGCGGCGCGACACAGGCCAUCGGCUUCCUCCUAGGAAUGUGUUCUAUACCGCUAACAGUUGGCCCACCGAUCGCGGGACUCCUAUACGAUCAUACUGGUAGCUACACUCUGCCUUUCCUGUUAGCCGGUGUCCCCCCUAUCAUGGGGGCGUUGACGAUGUUCUUAAUAAGGUGCGUCAAAGAGAAUGACGAUGAAAGUUCGAAUGAUCUCUCCGCAGAAAAUUCUCCGAGCAAAACGGAUUGCCAGAAUGGGAGAGUGAAGACCAGCGCUUUCUCACCGGCAUUUAUUACCGAUAUCAAGCAGGAAUGUCAGUUAGUAACGCAAAAGAGAUACACAGCAGUCCGCAAAAAUCAACGGCCGUCCCAGCGUUAUCGUGUCCAGCGGCAGACUGGACCGCAAGAACGCUUGGCGCGCGAUAGUCGUUACGAACGCAAGUACGCCGAUUACUGUAGGUAUUCAGAGAGCGUACCGUUACUUUACAGUGAAAAUAUCUCGCGACAUCCGAGUACAAACUCCCUCCAGCGGAACUGGACAAGAUCAUUGAUGUGCCUCAAAUUCUGAGCUCGCUUUCGAGAUCGCGAAUUUGUUCGCCAAAGAAUUUCACGAUUCGUUAUUCCUUAUUGCGCUUAAGCGAAAAUCGAUUUUAUUGGAAAUCAUUGUUUUUUAAUUAUGCAAAAUGCAAGAUGCACGAAAAAUUCGCUUACUCAUAAUGAAGAAUAUGUAUAUAUUAACUUUUCUUUAUUAUAUACAUAAUUAUAAAUUCGAUCACUUAUAUAUAUUUGAUAGACCAUUGAAUUAUAUAGGAUUUAUUUAACAAUACCGAAUUUUAUAAUCUCGGAUUCAAGAAGGUAUCAAUUAUUGUUGCGUCAAUUUUAACUUGUUUUAAAAUAUGUAGCUAGAUUUUGGAAAAGCGUACUUAUCAAAGUGGUCAAUCUAAGCUUUCCAGCUACAAAUAACGAAACAUCGGAUGACGAAGAGCGUAAAUACACGAUUUAACACGUUCAUUAUUUUUAAAAACCUGGUUAUGGAUCACGUUACAAAUCUUAGAUAUUUUUAUGUAAAAUAUCUAGGUUAAUAUAGUUUAUAGCAAACGAGUUAAAUCGUAUAUUUAUUAGAAUGUAUAUCAACAGUUUAGACAAAAGUUAUCAUGCAAAUAAAGUAUUAUUACGUCGAUUAGUAUGUGCCUAAUAAAAGUAACGAUGUGAUUAUGGCAGUACGUUCGAGUAUACUGCUGUUACUCUAUUCGAAAUUAGUACUAGCAGUUAUAUUAUUUUCAUUAUUUAAUUUCAUCAGGUAGAAAAAAAAUGUAGAUGAAAAUUAUCUGAGAAAUUAACAUUACACAUAAAGUAAUUAAAUCUUUUUUAUUACUUAAAUCGCAAAUAUGGAUGCAAAUACAAUGCAUUUAUAGUAAAAUAUGUUAAUGCUUUGAAUUUGUUUCGCAAAAGAGCCUGUAGUUUGAUAUAAGGUAAUGACACCAAGUUGUUGUUUAAUUAUAGACAAAUUGACUCGAUGUCUCAAUGCUCAAGCGAUAACAUAAUGUAUUUUCGUAAUUACAGGGUACAAAUUACAAUAGAUGCACUAGUUUACAGGUUCAUGAGCGUGAUUAAUAACGCAUGACAUAUCUCUCUGCUCGAUAUAACAUUUUUCACAGACUCAUGUCAAUGUCAUGUCAAAUUCAGGAAAUAAAUAAUAAUCGCAUGAAAUCGCAUAUUUUCCUUGCAUAAGAAAAUGAUCUAUUUUUACAUUUUCCAUAUUUAUAUUUUCACAAACGUGCGUUAUUAAUUAAAAAUUUAUUCCGAAUUGGUAAUAUGUAAAUACGAGGCAACAUGGCAUUUAAACAAUUGUAAAUUCUACCGAAAUUAAUACGUUAACCGGAGAGCAUUAAUUUAAAAAGUUUUAAUAUGUUAAUGUAAAUUUUAUUCAAUCGAUUGUAUCAUUGAUUUUUAUAUUAUGUUAACUAUUUUUGUCAAUUGUUAAUCAAUUAUUGAUAACUGAAUAGUAAAAAUGUGUAUAAAAAUAUGUCAACACAUAGAGAAAAUAGGAUUAUUGAUUAUUACUAAUUUUGUAUCCGCAAAACUUCAUUAAAAAGGAACAAAU